AUGGAAGAGUUUGGAGGCAUCUACACAGCAGGCAUCACUGUGUUUCGCGGAACUGAACAAGAUGGGUAUCCUUACAAGAAACAACCUCUCUACAAUGUGCGUGCUAUUGCUAUGGCAGCCUAUCGAGAUCCUCCUCUCACUCCCGACAACAAGCUGCAAAACAAACCCGCCAUGAACACUCGUCGAAAAAUUGAGAACAUCUUCGCCAUCGCACAUCAUCAAAAGCAUGAUUGUCUAGUGUUGUCUGCAUUGGGUUGUGGUGCUUUUCGAAAUCCGCCUGAACAUGUUGCUCUGCUAUUCAAAUCAGUUAUUUUACAAUAUGCUGGCUAUUUCGACACGAUUUAUUUUGCCAUCAUCAAUGAUCACAAUGCAAAAGGUGUGGUGAAUCCCAGAGGAAACUAUGGACCAUUCAAAGCUAUACUAGACGGCUUUGAAGUGGAACCAUCGAAAACGUUACGAAUGGAUGGAGUGAGUGGACCAUAUCGUGUUCUUGACAAAACACCAGAUGGCCAAUUGACACUGGAUGAUGUCUUCAUUUCACAGACAGCAGCUCCUUGUCAACAUGGCAACAACUGUCGUGAUAGAAGGAAUAAAGAUCACAGUCAACAGUUUUCACAUCCACCAAGAUGUCCAUUACAGAAAGCGAACUCAGAAUGUGAACACAUGGAUGACGAUGUACAUGUGGCUACCUUUAUGCAUACAAAAAAGUGUGAGAAAGGUGGCGAAUGCAGCAGCACAGAUGCAGCACAUUUGAACGAUUUCGAUCAUCCAGACUUUUGCAAAGAUCAAUCCCAUUGUUGUAACACCGACCCUCAGCAUCUAUUUAAUUAUCGACAUCUACCUGCAUGUCGAGAUGGAAUCGACUGUCACCUGCUCUUGAGCAGUGACGACAAGCAUAUCAAAGCAUUUCGACAUGUCAAAUUAGUCUGUCCCGAAGAUAACUGCUGCAGUCAAAUUCACGAUGAAUCACAUAUGAGAAAAACAAUUCACUCCUUUCGUGAACCAUGUCCAUUCACACCCUAUAGUUGUGCUCUGUUUGUCGAAUUCUUUCAGUCUGGUAAAAAGAAAAAAUGUUCCUCAGAAGCAGAACGACAUUGUCUUCAGUUUGCACAUCUCUGUCCCUACGGCCGCCAAUGCAAACCAGAUGAAGACAAACACUACGAAACUACCAUUCACAUCGCUCGACAACUGUGUCCACAAGGUGAUCAAUGUCCAAACAUAACUAACGAAGACCAUCUAGAGUCAUUUGCUCAUCCGGGUAUUCGCGAUAUUCGUCUUCUAUGUCAACAUCCUGGCUAUAAGUGUCAUUCGAGAGCAGAUAAAAAGCACUCGACUACUUGUCGCCAUGGUCAAAACUAUGAUCAUCUGACUGUGGCACCGUGCAGCAAUUACAAUGCAGACAUUGACUUUGCCCGAAAUCAACGACAUCUGAUCAGAAAUGUGAACACUUAUAUCGAGACAGAAGGAUGGACAAAUAAAAAGGUUCGAAGUGAAGUACGGAACUGGAUACGAGCACUUCAGCCAGUACAUCGAUGCCGGCAAGAGAUAUUCGAAUCGAUCCUUGUACAUGGUCAUGUCAUGAGUCGAAAGUAUAUGGAGAGACUAAAUAGACCAACAUCCGUAGCAGAAGCUGUUCUACAACACAACGACGUACGUUCUAUCAUUCUUAAGCAUAACAGUCCGGCAAUGAGAGAGAGUGCAUUGAGACUGAUAAGACCAUUAGUUAAAGCUGAGUUUUCGAAAACAGGAGCCGAUGGCAUAGUUGGUUUAGAUGCUGAGGAUGAAGAGCAAAUGAAGAUAGCAGAAAGGAGGCUAAAAGUAUUGUUAAACGAUAAAGAGAUGAGAGCUAUACGGGAAUGUACCACCAAUAUUGCACAAGCAUCGGUAGCACUACAUGGAGCGCCAAUGGGAAUUGGAUAUGCGGUUGAUAAGAAAAUGGGCACCAAUCAACACGUAUUCAGCAUUUUAGGACCACAUUCUGAUCAUCAAUACGGUGACAUUGUGAUCUUAUUCAAACAAGAAAUCAUGUUUCAUCCUGAUACUAAUUUUUCGAUGCAAGCCGGUACUAGUUUUCAUAGUGGAAGAACUUACACAAAGCGAUUNNNNUCAGAUAAAAAGCAUUCGACUACUUAUCGACAUGGUCAAAACUAUGAUCAUCUAACUGUGGCACCGUGCAGCAAUUACAAUGCAGAUAUUGACUUUGCCCGAAAUCAACGACAUCUGAUCAGAAAUGUGAACAAUUAUAUCGAGACAGAAGGAUGGAAAAAUAAAAAGAUUCGAAGUGAACUACGGAACUGGAUACGAGCACUUCAGCCAGUACAUCGAUGUCGGCAAGAGAUAUUCGAAUCGAUCCUUGUACAUGGUCAUGUCAUGAGUGGAAAGUAUAUGGGGAGACUAAAUAGACCAUCAUCUGUAGCAGAAGCUGUGCUACAACACAACGACGUACGUUCUAUCAUUCUCAAGCACAAUAGUCCGGCGAUGAAAGAAAGCGCAUUCAGACUGAUAAGAGCAUUAGUCAAAGCUGAGUUUUCGAAAACAGGAGCCGAUGGCAUAGUUGGUUUAGAUGCUGAGGAUGAAGAGCAAAUGAAGAUAGCAGAAAGGAGACUAAAAGUAUUGUUAAACGAUAAAGAGAUGAGAGUUAUACGGGAAUGUACCACCAAUAUUGCACAAGCAUCGGUAGCACUACAUGGAGCGCUAAUGGGAAUUGGAUACGUCGUUGAUCAGAAAAUGGGCACCAAUCAACACGUAUUCAGCAUUUUAGGACCACAUUCUGAUCAUCAAUACGGUGACAUUGUGAUCUUAUUCAAACAAGAAAUCAUGUUUCAUCCUGAUACUAAUUUUUCGAUGCAAGCCGGUACUAGUUUUCAUAGUGGAAGAACUUACACAAAGCGAUUGUGGGUAACAGAUUCCGGUGUUGUCGAUAAUCGUGUGAUAGAUUUUCAUCAUUCCAAGCUACACUGUUCUGUUCCCCGUUAUGAAUAUGCAGCUGCCACCGAACUAGCCGCCCUCACUGGUCUCACUGCAAAAUCGAUGGAUGUUGACAUCAAAGAUGUUUUAAAUCGAUGGAAACAUGUGAAUUCACACGAUGUAUUUGAAUGUCAUUUGCCACAACUUAUUCCCUUAGAUUAUAUUGAGUUUGUUUAUAUACCAAAGAAUAUUUUCGAUUCUCUCACUCCUAAAGCACAAAGUUCAGCAAGAGAUAUAUUCAAAAGCUCACUCAUCAUAUAUCCCCAAUCAGUCGAUAUCAGUUUAAUCAAGCCAAAUACUACUAUUCCAUUAGAUGAUACACGUAAAACUUACCUCAAAUUUAUACUUGGCGAAAUCGAUGACAAAAUUCAACAAAGAAUGAAUACACCACACAUUUCACGAGGUAUUGUUGUCACAGCUUCAAGUUCAAACUAUGAUGAACACAUUGUUCUUCCCAUAACGAUCAAACAAUCAUACGAUCUCUAUCGACUCGAUAAUGACAAAGCACCAGAAAGACCACGCUACACUCUCAUCUAUUGGCAAGCCAUGCACGGUGAUAUGAUGCUGACCAUUGCCAACGAUAAGAUAAAACCCACCGAAGAUCAACCUCAUCUGCGAUGUCUUAUUUGUUAUGUGGCUGAAAAACCAUCAACGGCAACACCACCAUAUCAUGAGAACUAUUCCUAUCUCAAUGAUGGUCAUCCAUUCGAACAUUCGGCCAAUGUUUCGACAGGGAAGUUCCGAGCUAAGUCACAUGUCUUCUAUCGAGGUUGUAACACCGAUGACUUCCUCACGUUUUGUCUUGAAAUCGAUUAUAAGACAAAUGAAGCACGUUUGUUUCAUGCUGGUGCAAAUGGCAUAUACAAUCAUGAGAAGAUUGCUUAUAAGUUCGACAAAUCUGAGUUGGACUUAUCACGAAUCGAAUAUGUUCAUGUUAGUGCUGGAAGUCAAGAUGUUCCAAUUCGUAAUUUGAGAAUUCAUCAUGAGCGAAUCGAUGAAUUACAUCCGACAUUCGAUGAAAAGUUUCAGAUCGACACAUCCGAAUUGCGAAGUAAGCAGUGUGCGCGUAUGAGUGAUUCAGUGCGCAGAUCCGACGAUCCACCUGUAAUACAUGGACCGGACAUCUCUGCCAUUCGACGCGAACCUCCUCCGCCACCGCUCAUACGAUCUGCUUCGGCACGCCCUCGUUCAGAACCUUCACUAUUUUCCGUUUCGCCGAAAACCAAACUGAGCUUUCUUAAGAAAGUGAAGCGUUUCUUCGUUGCUGGCAUAGCAGAGGUUGACCAACCAAAUUCUGGUAAGCCACCAGCCGAUGAGUACUACUCGGAUAUUGAAAAUACCGGAGCAUCAUUAUAUAGUGCGCCCGCAAAUGAAAUAUCGAUAUAUACACCGGCAGGAAAACCCAAAUUGAAUUCGUCGAUACGUCCACUUUGUCCUGAUUCUAUAUAUUGUUUGAGACAAAAUAAUAGAGACCACACAGAUGCACUCUCUCAUUUGUGUCGUUAUAAUGAGCGGUGUCUGCGACAGACAGACGAACCACAUCUUGUUCAUCAACAUCAUAAUGUUUCUCGAUGUCCGAAAGAUGAAAAAUGUAAUAAGAAAACAAAUCCUGUACAUCGUGCACAAUAUCGACAUACAGGUUUACCGGAUUUUCUCAAAGCAUGCCGUCAUCAAGAUCUUUGCGAUGAGAGGAAAUCGAACGAACAUUGUCUACGAUAUUUCCAUGGAGAGGAAAUACACGGAUUCAAAAGUNAGCGCUGUCUGCGACAGACAGACGAACCACAUCUUGUUCAUCAACAUCAUAAUGUUUCUCGAUGUUCGAAAGAUGAAAAAUGUAAUAAGAAAACAAAUCCUGUACAUCGUGCACAAUAUCGGCAUACAGGUUUACCGGAUUUUCUCAUAGCAUGCCGUCAUCAAGAUCUUUGCAAUGAGAGGAACUCGAACGAACAUUGUCUACGAUAUUUCCAUGGAGAGGAAAUACACGGAUUCAAAAAAAACAAAAUUACUGAUGCAGAUGCUGAACUCGAAAGCUAUAGGGAUAAUCCUUUCUUUUGA